UACCGGGUUGGUUGCGCAUGCGCGGCGGACUUUGAAGUCCUUGAACUAGGACAGCCGGUGGCGGAAUGUGGCGGAUUCCGGGAGCCCUGGCCAGGGCUCUGAACCGCUUCCAUGCUGUGAACAUCCAAGGUUGUGUGCGUGGUCAGGCAGAUGCUUUAGGUCCGUCAUCCCUGAUUCCAUUUGGACAGAAUGCCGGUGGCAAAAGUUCCACGCUGCACUCUUAUGAUCCUAAGGGCAAUCAUAAUGGGCAUGACCAAAAGAAAAAAGGGACAUAUAAAUCCUGUGCUGGACAGCUGCGACAACACAUCUUGAUAGAUGCUUUUGGAUGGGGGGCCAUAGCUGUGUUUUUCCUGCAUUUGGCCCGACAAGUGUCAUAUCAGAAAUCAACUCCUGGUGUAUCUCCAGAACACCGGUGCCCUCGAAAGUUUAUAAAACACAUCCUCUGCUCUCUCUCACAGAACCAAGAUCCCUUUGUGAAGCAAAGCAUUAUACCAAACAAAGUCAAGGUUUCUGUCUGGAAUGACACUCAAUUGCAAGAUGAUACGGUUGAUGAUACUCCUUCUUUAAAUUCGCCCCCAAUCUUGGCUUCUGGAUAUGAUACUCUUCAUUUUUCUAUUGAUCAAGCUGAAUCACGGGUUGAUCUCGGCUCACCAUCCACACCUGAGAAAAUAGCUGAUAGCAACGAGCCCACUGUACAUCCCAGCCAGCAGAUUGUGGACACUGGGAGAGAUCCAGAGGAGUCUGUGGAGUUUGCAGCAUCCAGGUUGUUAGAUGUUGCAGAGACCAGUUUCCCAGUGGUGCUGAACAUUUUUGGAAUUGUCAAUGCGAGGAAUGGUACUGACUACCAAACUGCCUUUUACUUCUUCCAAGAAUCAGCAGAGAAUGGUUACAGCAAAGCUCAAUACAACACAGGGGUGUGUUAUGAGCAAGGAAAAGGUGUGACCAAGAACAUGGCCAAAGCAGCAGAAUAUUAUUUACUAGCAGCUAACAGUGGACAUAAUAGAGCUAAAUAUCGUUUUGCUCGCUACCUCUUACGUGAUGGAGUCAAAGUUCGACCAGAAGACGUGCAGACUGCUCUACGAAUGCUAAAAGAAGCUGCUCAGGCUGGUCUCAAAGAGGCCCAAGCCUACUUAGGAGUUUUCUACAGUAGGGAACCUUAUCGAGAUCUUCAAAAAGCAAUAACUCACCUGGUUAUGGCAGCUGAAAAUGGGGAUGUUCAAAGUAGGUAUUAUCUUGGAGUCUGUUAUGAAAAAGGAUUUGGGGUCCCAGCCAGCAAGCAAGAGGCUCUAUUGCAUUAUGAAAAAGCAUCAAAAACAGGUCAUGGGCCAGCACAGCAGAAGCUGCUUGAGAUUACUGCGGAGCAAGCACAAGGAACGAGUUCUACUUCUGUCAGUCUCAAGACAGCUGCUUCCAGCCCUUGCCUUCCUGUUUUGGAGAGUUUGAGAAAUCUGACCAGAACCAGCAGCAGAUAUUCAGCAAACAGAACACACAGCCUGGGUCUGCUUCACUCAAUGAGCACCGGAAAUCUUUUGGCAAUGUCUCCACAAGAUGGCAAUAGCUACAUCCUUGCACCAAAAAAUAUUUCACUCCCACUGGCAUCUCUUAGAGCAAUUGGGGUUGGAUGAAACGUUUCAUCUGUGGCUGGUCUAAGCACCCUCAAAAUGUCAGCGGAAGAAUGAGUAUGCUAAAUUGUUUACAUACUCACAACCUUAUGAACUGUCUCAAUACUGUUCGUUUAGGAUAAAUGUCGUUUUUGAAUGCCAUAAGUCUUUGGCUUCAAUAUCUGCAUACCCUCUCCAUUUGAAUGCAUCUUUAUACAUUACAACUCUAAAGCACUUUUACACUUAAAUAAUGUAUAUUUUAUAUUAUAGCACUUGUUCAAAUGGGAUUUAAAAUACGGUAUAAAGUAUCAGCAAAUAGGUAUUGUAGUAUUGCUUUACAAACCGGUAUUGUGCUGUUUUUGAGAAAAUUAAUACCAUUUUGUCAUGUGUUUGACUGUGUGGCAUCGUAGCUCAGUUACAGGCAACCUUAAAUGCCAGUUAUUCACCAUGGGAAAUAUUGUUGGUGAAAAUCUGCACUGCCAGGUUAGGUUUCAAUGCUACACCUGUACUUCUCAAAGGAAAAAAACAUACUUAAUACUACUGUCUACUUGUGCAGUUGUAGAAGACACAAAAUAUCACAGAUGAUCAGAAUGGGCCUGGAACAUGUGUAUGUUGGUGUUGUGUAUGGAACAGAGUAAAAUCACUUGCCUAAGCCUUUGCAUUUGUGUCCCUUCCAUCCUGGUUGCCAUAAUAGGAGGGGUGCUUUAGGCUACUGGCCAGUAUUUCUAAUUCUAAAACAAUGCACACUGGAUUGCAGUGUAAGUUUAGUAAGAUAACCAACUUUAUUAAAGUUGAAUGUGAAUAUUGUUGCAGAGGUUAGCCUUUCUUAAAGGGUCUUUGUAUACACCAUAAACAUGUUUGCAUUAUUGCCAGGAUCGUAGUUUCUAAAAACAGUUGGGUAUAGAACAGCCUCCUACGCUGAAAAUCAAUAGAAUUCCUAGUUCCAGUCUUACGUAUCUAUUUGUACGUAUUUGGUGUGUGUCAGGAUCUCUCUCUAAGUAGAGAUUAAUGGAAAGGAUUUGUCUCUAGAGAGAGGAAGUGUAGCCUGCAGGCGUGUAUGGACCUGUCACUCUGACAAUCUCUACAGAACAUAGUCUAGUGCAUAAAAAUGUGCAUUGAAUUGUGUAUGCAAAGCAACUCUAUUCAUCCUAAGUGAUGUGUGGAACUGCUCCUUGGUGAAAACUAGUUAUCCACUUUAGCCCUAGCUGUGUGAGAGUUAAUGGGAUAAAAUCAGAACCCAAAGGCUAGAAUGCGAGGCUCGUAAUUGGUGGGUCCUCUUUCCAGUGUGAGUAGCAUUUGCCUGAACCUGCAGCAACUUUAAGUUGCUCAGCUUCAGAUAUCUCACUUUCACCCUCUUUAAACUUUAUUUCUAAUGCAUAAACCAUGUAAUACAUUUUAAAAAGGGGUCAUUUUGAACAUUGUUUUCCUUUAAUACAUUGUUGGGUCUAACUUUUCUUUUUUUUGUUUUUUUUUUUAAGGUUAAUGCAGGCUGUCUUUUUAGGGUAAAAGUUGAUAACCAAAGAAGUAUUUGUCGUAAGUGGAAUUUUAACUCUUCAGUGCCUGUGAGAUAAUUGCCUUGGUCAUUGUGGCCUACACAGGGUCUGAGUAGACCUAGAUGGGAUGAGGUCUCAUUGUCUAAAUGGGGAGAGCGAAAUGCCACUUACCUUUUUUGGUCCAUUUUGAAAAGUGAGUUUAAUUUGGAGACAAAGCAAAUCUGAAGACUUUUCAGGGGUUCAUUUGUAAGCUACAGAGAUCUGAGCAAUUAUUAAACACAAUACGCACAUUGUAUAUAAAUAGCAGAAUUUGCUAAAACACAUGUACUAGUCUUCGCACUGUCUAUUUUGUUCUGGGCCCCUGUGAGUUUUAGAGAGUUGUGCUAUGGAUUGCUUAAAAAGACCUUAUGUAACAUUAAGUGCAGUACACAUUAGUAGCGUGCAGACUUGUCGCAAGCUCCUCAAAUGGUUCAAGCCUGAAAUAAGUUAUGGUCAUUAUUCAGUGGCAUAAUGGAAACACAAUAAAUCUUCUAAUAUGAAUUUGUUCCUUGCAA